AUGUUAACAGAUGUGGAUGCAUUUCCACAAGAUGCAAAUGGUGGUGUUCUUUACUGGAUGGUUAGAGAUCAAAGAUUACAAGACAAUUGGGCUAUGCUGUUUGCUCAAAGACUUGCCCUGAAAGAAAAAACAAGCCUCCAUGUUUGUUUCUGUCUAGUUUCUCCUUUUAUGGAAGCCACAGAACGUCAUUAUGACUUUGUCAUCCGAGGCCUUCAGGAAGUGGAAAAGCCUGUUGAUUGGAUGGUAGCCAAAAAGAAACUAAAGAUGGACACUUCAGUCAAACCUGUUGACUGGGCAAUUCCAGGGGAAAGAGCUGGAUUAAAAACUUUAGAAAGCUUUUGCAAUGAACGAUUGAAGUAUUUUGCCACUGAACGGAAUGAUCCCACUAAGUCAAGUCUCAGUAAUCUGUCUCCAUGGCUACACUUUGGGGCCUAUGAUUGGGCCAAGAAGAGUUUGAAGGAACAUGAAAAAGACAAAAGAGAAUACAUUUACACUCAAGAACAGUUGGAAAAUGCCAACACCCAUGACCAGUUAUGGAAUGCUGCUCAGAUUCAGUUAUUAACUGAAGGCAAAAUGCAUGGCUUCUUGCGAAUGUAUUGGGCCAAGAAAAUUCUUGAAUGGACAGCAAAUCCUGCUGAAGCUCUUUGUGUGGCCAUCUAUUUAAAUGAUCGUUAUUCAUUAGAUGGCAUGGAUUCUAAUGGCUAUGUUGUUCUUGGGCACAAGUGGCAGGGAAACAUGCCCGGUGCGGAAUUUGCAGAUGACGCUGGUGUCACCUUCACUCGAGCACUCCUACUCGGAGUGUGCCAUUCUGGUGAUGCAGAGAGACUGCCAGCCAAUCCGAUCCCUUGUGAAGUUCUCCAAUUAAACGAUAGAGAGAAAAUAAACUCUUCCUUUCCUCUUUCUAUUGUCCUUUCCUCUCCACUGUCCUUCACUCGCUGA